CGUGCGUUAAUUUAAAGAGUAACUUGUUUACUUCUGGCUGUGGCUUUAUCAUUGAAUCUUACCAGAAAUAUAAUAAAUGGAAUAGAAAAAAAAUGUGUCAAAACAUACCUUCGUUUUUUCCAAGUGGAGCAAUCAGAAAAAAGAACAUUAAAGUGUUUGUGAUAUUUUUGUUUUUAUUUGUAUUAGCAUUUGUACUAACUACCUUCAAUCUAACCCAAAAUUCCAAUCAGUCUUUAUCCCGGACAAACUCAAUCGGAAUCCCAAACAAGUUUCUCUACUUAAAGAAUUUCAUCUCUGCAAAAUACACCUCCCAAGUCAGAAAAGACGAAAAGUGGCGUCAAGUGAGAAUACUAUGCUUCGUCAUCACAUAUCCCAAGAACCUAGCAAAACAGACGGUAUUUGUGAGGAAUACGUGGGGAGACAGAUGUGAUAAGACGCUCUACAUCUCAGAUGAGGCCAACUCCACCUUCCCAACCAUCAAAGUGACAAACUACACAGGACACAAACAGUUGUGGGCCAAGACUCGCAACACUCUAGAGCUCAUCUACAGGCAAUAUAUCUCCCUUUAUGACUGGUUCCUCAAGGCCGAUGAUGACACAUAUGUAUUGGUGGACAAUCUCAAGAAGUUCUUAUACUCUAAAAACACAACGAAGCUAGAGUUCUAUGGCAAGUUCUUCAGCCCAUUUGUCAAAAGUGGCUACCCCAGUGGAGGCGCUGGAUACGUCAUGGGCAGGGCGGCUCUGAAACAGUUAGUCACAGUUGGCUUCGAGGUCGGACCCAACUGCCCCCCUCACAGUGAACCCAAAGCAGAAGAUAUCCUGAUGGGCAGAUGCAUGGAGGACUCGGGGGUGCGACUGUCGAAGGAAACAGUUGACGAGGGGGGAAGAGAGCUGUUCCACUCUUUCUCCCCCCAAAGAGAGUUCAUAAUACCCUGGGAAAAGAUAGGCUUCUACAGACAGUUCUCCAUCCACCCUUUAGGAGGUGACUACUGCUGCUCUAAAGAUGCAAUCUCGUAUCAUUAUGUACAUGGACCUGAGAUGCUUUUUUUAGAUUACCUGUUUCAUAACAUGACCAAAGUUUUGCUCUAAAUCACCCAGUUCGUACAGUUUGAUCUCCUAGAAUUAUUUAACUUUUCAAAAAAUGCUAAGUUUUAAUUUAUCGUUUGGUACAAAAUUGUAUCAUUUGUCGCUAAAAAUUGCAAAAAUCAAUCCCGUUUGAUUAUGUUUGUGCCAAUUUAAGCUGAAUGUUUUUUGUGACGUCGUUCCAACUACUGUU